UUCUCGUAGUAAGAGUUCGGUCGUUCGUUUCGUGGGUUGAGCUUACGUUCCGUCGGUGUUCGGAUUGUUAUUUUUAUUUGUUUUUUGUUCUCUGUUUUCGAAUUGGAUACAUCAGCUGAAAGUGCAUGCAUUCGAACUUAUUCCAUCACUUUUCUGGUGUUUUCAAGGGGAUUUUAUAUUUUUUUGUGGAUGGUGAGACAUGCGGAAUUGUGCGAAACUUUUUGGAACAUUGACAAGUUAAGUUUUUUUUUUCGGAUAAGUGAUUUGACAGAUAAGAAAACGACAGAGAUGCUUGGAAAAACGAGGAGUGAGGCCAUCUCGGUCCAAACGUAAAAAUCUAGCAAGACUUUUAUUUUACCCUAAUCAUGGCCCCAACACCUGGCCCCAUCCCAGGCACUGUUGGACAAAUUGACCCAGAAAGCGCCAAUUUCAUGAUGACUCCCAGAAAAAGCACUACUGUAAGCACUAAAGGACUUCUUAAUAUGCCAGGACAAAACAAUUGCUUUCUCAACAGCGCUGUGCAGGUUCUCUGGCACUUGGAUGCAUUUCGAAGAAGUUUUCGAGAACUAUCCGGUCAUUCCUGCAUGGCAGAUUCUUGCAUUUUCUGUGCCUUAAAGGAACUAUUCACCCAGUUUCAAUACAGUCAAGAAUCUGCUCUUCCACCAGAUGCCUUAAGACAUGCACUUGCAAGGACGUUCUGUGAUCAAAGACGAUUUCAACUGGGUUUUAUGGAUGAUGCAGCUGAAUGCUUUGAAAACAUACUUCUAAGGAUCCAUGUCCACAUUGCCAAUCAAGAAGUAGAUGAUAUGUGCGGAAAUGUGUAUUGCAUACCUCAUCAGAAAUUUGCCAUGACACUUGUGGAACAGCGCAUGUGCCAGAAUUGUUCUGCUUCAUCUGAACCUCUUCCAUUUACACAAAUGGUGCAUUAUGUGACAACAUCUGCUUUAUGUGCUAAAGCAAUGGAUAUGUUACAACAAGAUCCAAAGAGCAUACCUUCGAAUUCUUUUGGAAAGCUAUUGAGACUAGCUGGAGAAAUGGGAGAAGUUAGAGAAUGUCCAAGUGGCUGUGGAGAGAAAGUACAAGCCAAGAAAACUUUAAUGAAUCAUCCUGAAGUUGUAAGUAUUGGUCUGGUUUGGGAUUCUGAAUGUCCAACUCUUCAGCACAUUACAGAUGUUUUUCGAAGCAUUGGGAUGUAUCUACAAUUACAAGAUAUGUUUCAUGAUGUUUGUGAUAUAAACUGGGCUAAUUCAACAACUCAUCAGUUAGUAGGAGUUGUCACAUACUAUGGCAAACAUUAUUCAACGUUCUUCUUCCAUACAAAACUAAGAGUUUGGAUAUAUUUUGAUGAUGCAACUGUCCAAGAGGUUGGUCCAAGCUGGGAACAGGUUGUAGAAAAGUGCCAAAGAGGUCGAUUUCAACCUCUUUUACUUUUAUUUGCAAACCCUGAUACUUCUACAGGAUUUUCCCAUAGAGAUACAUUCUCUCCAGUCAUUUAUGCAAAUGAUCCAAUAAAUAAUCCACCACCACCAGCAAACCAAAGGCAGUAUGUGAUAAACCAAUAUUUAAUGUUUCAAAACUCCAAAAAAUUGGCAAACAUGAAACACGCUUAUGGGCAUAUGAGGCAUUUAGACGUUUAUCCUAACAAUGCCAUUUAUGAUUCAUACUCAUACAAUACUCACAUAAAUGACCCUGGCAUGAUUUCUCAUAAUCAUGCUUACAAAUUCCAAUAUGGUCAAGAACCUUCCAACCCAUCAUCUCACAAUCAAACUCAACCUAUGUACAGCAACUUGCAGUAUUUGAAUUCACUUUCUGCAGGUAAAGAAGAGCUUACAGAUGUAUCGAAAUUCAGUGAAAUAUCUUUGCCUGCCUUCACACAAAUGCCCAAGACUCCAGCAGCAGAGGUUCAAAUGUACAGCAACUUAAGUGCUUUAGAGUUCCAGAAACAGGAGAAAGCAGAGCUUGAUGGGGAUAAGGACAAUGAUUCUGCUUACACGGAAGAAGAUCCUGAAGUUAACGAUAUGUACAUAAGCAGAAAAGCUGUUGAGAAUGUGUUGAAACAACAAAAACAUCACAUGUCUUUGUGUCGUUCAUACAGUCAGAGUUCGGUUGGUAAUCGCAACAGCAGUAGUAGUUUGGAAUCUUUUGAUAAUGCAAAUAACAGUAAAGUUGGUGUGUUAAAGAAUACAACACCUGAAAACCCUGUAAUUAGAAGAGAUUCUGGUUCGUGGAGUGGAGAUCGAACAAGUUCUUCCAGUAGUAAUUCCAUCGAAAAUCCAUUUUUAACAGUUGUUGCAUCCAAAAGAUUACUUCUUGGGUUAAAUAAGAAAAGCCAACUUCCUGACUCAAAUACUUCAGAUCAUGGGUAUGAUUCUUUUUCUGUGUCAAGUUCAGACAGUUAUCCCUCAGUGAAUGGAUCCCCAAUAAAGAUCGAACCUCGUCUAACACAAAUUCCAGAAGAUUGGCAACCAGAAGAUGAUACGGAUCUAGACAAAAAGCUUAAACUUAUCACAGAAGAAUCUUCAGGUCCUCCAGAUUGUGAUAAGCUAUGUGCAGAAGCAGACCUUUUACUUGCAAAAUCACAUGAAAAAGAGAAGGACGGUGAUUUAGUCAUGGCUGCUUUACUUAGUGAUUCAGCAGCAGCUCGAGCAAGAGCAGCAAUGGAAGCUCCUUAUAACAAUUCACGUUCUUUAGUCAGUGCAAAAAUGAAACACAGUACUUGUGUUAUGAGAUCAUCUAAUCUGUAUCGACGAAUAAAAGAUCAUGAGUUGGAUGAAAGGCGGAAACAGAAGAGUCACACUGGACACCACAGUAGGCAAUCGAGUCGAGACAGUACACAUUCCAGACACAGUCGACAAGGAAGUAAAGAUAGCACUCAUUCGAAGACAGGAAGUAAAGAAAGUAAUUCAGACGAUACAGAUCACUUUGGUAAAAACAUUGAAAUAUAUGGAACUUUGCCCAAGAAAGGAAACCGAAAGAAAAACACAUCAACUGGUUCAUUAAAAGUGAAAGAUGAUCAAGUGUACAAAGACUUUUUGGACAAGCAACGCAAAAACACGAGUCUUUCAAAUGCACUGAAUGAGACGAUGCUGAAAAAUGUCGAUCUUCCUAAAAACAAACCCGAUUACAGUCCUAAAAGAAAGAGCCAAACUAAUACAGACAAGAACAGCAAAAAUCAAGAAGCAGUAGCUCCAAAAUCUCCUACACGGAAGAAAGAUUCACCACCCAAAACAGAUAAUGAAGUUAGAAAAAAGUCACAAAAGCACUCUUCACAGGUUCCUAGUCCAAGUGACAAAAACAAUGCAAUUGAAUUUAGCAACAGAGAUUUACUUUCACCCAUAACAGUUCCUGAUAAGAAACCACAUAAAAUAAAACGAAAGUUGAUGGGGGGAUUCAUGAAAAGGAAAAAUAGGAGUUUGCCUGAUUUACGAGAAGAUCAAAACUCUACUGAUCCAGCCGAUUGCUUUCUGGAUGAUGCCAUAAUUCAAGUUCCUUCAAUGACUUUACCAAAUGGAAAGCCAAAGAAAACAGAAAGUGGUGUUGCAAGUGUGACAAGAGGAUUUCAUCAACCUCAUCACGCUUUCAUUAAAAAGGAUUUAACACAAACCCAAAGACCAUUACUGAUUAAAGUGAAUCCUCCAAACAUACAACCAGCUCUAACAAGUCCUAAGCCUAAAUUAAUACAUACUUUACCAGCAAUACCCAAGAAGUCUCCUGAACCUAUUAAUAAAUCAGAUUUCACUAAUCAACCUAGUGUUAAGCCUUCCAAAAUACCCCAUAUGACGAGCAUCCAAAAGAAUGAAUCUAACUUGCCACCCAUACCACCUAUUAGGACUACAGAAAUAAAAUGUUCUCCAAAAUCAGGAUUGUCCAUAAAGAAUUCUGCAAUACCUGUGCUGACUCCUCAAGCACCUUUAUCACCCAUAAAGACAGUUCAAAAUCUAAAUGAAAACACUGAAGUUCCUCUCUCGCCAACACAACAUUCGACAAUUGAGCAGCCAAAUGAUAAAGAAGACCUUCCAUUACCUUUGAAUCCUUUCCUUGCUGAGAUACAAGCAAAGAGGAGGCAAGUUUUGAAUAAAUCGCUGCAGAAGCAGGAGUCUUUGGAAGGAGUAAAAUCAUCAAAUAAUACUAUGCAAGUUACUGACACUAAAGAAUCCAUGCUGCCAAAAUUAUCUCAAGAAGGAAAUUCUUGGCUGAAAGAAUUACAGAACAAACAACAGAAGAUUCUCAAUAAACAAGAAAAUUCAGAAAUGCCAAAACCAGUUUUUAUUCCAGAGAAAGGGAAUGCUAAUUUUAAAGUUUCUGAAAUGGAGAAAGAACAAAAUAAAGCCAAUACAAUGAACUGGAAGCUUCACUCGGAAAAUACUUCUGAAGUAGCAAGUUCUCCAAGUGUUGUAUCUAAUAACAAUGGCAAAACUUCAAACAGUGUGAAAGAUCUUGCUUCGAAAUUUGAAAAGGUAUUGCUGAAGCCAAAAGAACCAAGUGUUCAAAUAACAAGUGAAGAGGAACAAAUAAACAAUGUAAUUAAAGUAAAUCAAAACUCUUCUAAUCAAUUAAAUGAAAACAUGGAAACCAAUCAAAGCACCAAUUCUCCAGCUCAGUUUGGACUAACACGGAGCCAAACUUCAAAUAGUAGUAUCAAUCAAAAUGUUCCUCCUUUAAAAUCAGCUUUGAAAAUAAGAUCAGACAACAGAGAAUCUUUAGUUGAGAUGCCAAGUAUAAAUUCCAAAAACACAGUAGGACUUCCAGAGCCUGUAGCAAAACCUAUAAAAUCUGCUUUAAAACAAAGUACUCCACUCAGUCCAACUAUGCUGCAUCCACCAGGGUUACCAAAUACUGCAAAUAACUAUCUUCCAAGACCUAUGCAACCACCAGAUUAUGCCACAGCGAUGCAGAGAUUAGAGUUAAUAAGGACAUCAAACAGUGAUGGACAUUUUCAACCAAUGGAACAAGAAUCAAUAAACCAACAAAGUGUAACAGAUCCAGUAAAAAAGAAGUCUUCAAAAAAGACAGUAACCUUUUCUGACGAAGUUGUAUUGGUUGCUUGUGCAGAGUAUGAUGAAAUAGAUUUUUCUUCCAAUCCGCUGUUUGAAAGGGUGUAUCAACAGCAUGUAGAGGCUGGUAAAGGAGAAAUAUCCAUAUUAAGUAAGAGUUAUGGUAAUUUUGAGGGACCAGAUAAUGGAGACGCUCAUGCACAGAUCCAAGAAUACUCGUCACCUGAAAACUCGAAUGGAUCUGUACUUUGCAAUUUGUGUCAUACUAAACAGGUGUUCCUUCCUAAUAAUUACUGCACAGACUGUGAGUUUUAUUUGUCAAGGUUUAAAGCAUAAAACAUGAAUUUCUUAAAUAAUUUUUCUGUGAUUACUGAACAGUAGCUGUGAUAAAGACAGUUUAUUAGGGCAUGCAUUAAAACGCACAACAUAAAAUUUUAAAAGGAAAACAAAACCCAUGAUGGAUGAAAAAAAAAGCUAUUUAUUAUUUUUAUGCGAAAGUAUUUUUUACCAUCUGAAGUGAUUUUAACUUACUAUAAUUAGUAUGUAUUUCAUUUUCAAAUGUUGAACUUCUGAUUUUGAUCUCACUGAUUAGGAGUGCACUAAAAAUGUAUAUUAAGGAAGAGGGAACUGUACCUUUUCCAAAAGUAAUUCCAUACUUACAUUCCACUGUACAGAAAGUUAUUCAUUUCAAUGUAAAUAGACUUCCAAUGAUCAUCUGGAAAGAUGUGCCAAAGAAAUUCAUGCUUUUUUACAUGUUCUACAUCAGAAAAUGUGCCUUAAAUUGCUUUGUUAUGUAUAUUGCAUAUGAUUUUGUACUUAUUUAAGUUAACAAUAAACGAA